UUCCGGGCGGGCGGCUUGUUGUUAACAUGGCGGCGGCAGCUACCGGCACGUCUCCAGGAGGCGGCGGGGCCCACACCCGGAAGACGGGUCUCUUUUCGGCCUAGCGCGGCGGCCGUUGCGGACCCGGAAGUCCGGGCCGGUUGCUGAAUGAGGGGAGCCGGGUCCUCUCCGCGCCAGUCCCCCCGCGCCCUCCGCCCCGACCCGGGCCCCGCCAUGUCCUUCUUCCGGCGGAAAGUGAAAGGCAGAGAGCAAGAGAAGACCUCAGAUGUCAAGUCAGUUAAAGCUUCAGUAUCCGUACAUUCCCCACAAAAAAGCACUAAAAAUCAUGCCUUGCUGGAGGCUGCAGGACCAAGUCACGUUGCAAUCAAUGCCAUUUCUGCCAACAUGGACUCCUUUUCAAGUAGUAGGACGGCAACACUUAAGAAGCAGCCCAGCCACAUGGAGGCCGCUCAUUUUGGUGACCUGGGCAGAUCUUGUCUGGACUACCAGACUCCAGAGACCAAAUCGAGUCUUUCAAAGACCCUUGAACAAGUCUUGCAUGACACUGUUGUCCUCCCUUAUUUCAUUCAAUUCAUGGAACUUCGGAGAAUGGAGCAUUUGGUUAAGUUUUGGUUAGAGGCUGAAAGUUUUCACUCUACAACUUGGUCCCGAAUAAGAGCACACAGUCUGAACACGGUGAAGCAGAGCUCACUGGCUGAACCUGUCUCUCCUUCUAAAAAGCACGAAACUACAGCAGCUUUUGUAACCGACUUUCCUGACAAGAGAUUGGAGGAUUCUAGCUCAGCCCAGUUGGAAGGAAUUGACCUGAAUAAUAGAACUAGCAACACGCAGAAUCACUUGCUGCUUUCCCAGGAAUGUGACAGUGCCCAUUCUCUCCGCCUGGAAACGGCCAGAACAGGAGCUCAUCGGGGUUCCGUGGAAACCCAGGAAUCCUCCAGAUUUAUAGUAGCCAGUAGAAGUAGUCCCUCUUCUCCACUAAAGGAAUUAUCAGGAAAAUUAAUGAAAAGUAUAGAACAAGAUGCAGUAAAUACUUUUACCAAAUAUAUAUCUCCAGAUGCUGCUAAGCCAAUACCAAUUACAGAAGCAAUGAGAAAUGACAUCGUAGCAAAGAUUUGUGGAGAAGAUGGGCAGGUGGAUCCCAACUGUUUUGUCUCAGCACAGUCCAUAGUCUUCAGUGCAAUGGAGCACGAGCACUUUAGUGAGUUUCUACGAAGUCACCAUUUCUGUAAAUACCAGAUUGAAGUGCUGACCAGUGGAACUGUUUACCUGGCUGACAUUCUCUUCUGUGAGUCAGCCCUCUUUUAUUUCUCUGAGUACAUGGAGAAAGAGGACGCAGUGAAUAUCCUACAGUUCUGGUUGGCAGCAGACAACUUCCAGUCUCAGCUUGCUGCCAAAAAGGGCCAGUAUGACGGACAGGAGGCACAGAACGACGCCAUGAUUUUAUAUGACAAGUACUUCUCCCUCCAGGCCACACAUCCUCUUGGAUUCGAUGAUGUUGUACGACUGGAAAUUGAAUCCAACAUCUGCAGGGAAGGUGGGCCGCUCCCUAACUGUUUCACCACUCCGUUACGUCAGGCCUGGACAACCAUGGAGAAGGUCUUUUUGCCUGGCUUUUUGUCCAGCAACCUUUAUUAUAAAUAUUUGAAUGAUCUCAUCCAUUCGGUUCGUGGAGACGAGUUCCUGGGAGGAGGUGUCUUGCUGACGGCUCUGGGCUCUGCCGGCCCCACCGAGGAUUCCCACCCCGGGGCGGCUGACAGCUCCGCCAUGCAGUCUAGUGUGAAAAAAGCCAGUGUUAAAAUUCUGAAAAAUUUUGAUGAAGCGAUAAUUGUGGAUGCUGCAAGUCUGGAUCCAGAAUCUUUGUAUCAACGGACGUAUGCAGGGAAGAUGACAUUUGGAAGAGUUAGUGACUUGGGGCAGUUCAUCCGAGAAUCUGAGCCUGAACCUGAUAUAAAGAAAUCGAAAGGAUCCAUGUUCUCUCAAGCUAUGAAGAAAUGGGUCCAAGGAAAUACUGAUGAGGCCCAGGAAGAGCUAGCUUGGAAGAUUGCUAAAAUGAUAGUCAGUGAUGUUAUGCAGCAGGCACAGUGUGAUCAGCCGUUAGAGAAGUCCACAAAGCUAUGACCCAAGACCUGAGAUAAAGGAAAUCUGCUUUUGGAGAAUAAGAGAACUUUUUUCCUUUGGUUGGAUUCUUCCCCACAGCCAGUGAAAACAGAGCACUGUACUUCUUCUCACUGUUGUUCCCAAGAAAGAAGGCAGACAAUCCUAGACUUCCACCGUCGGCAGAGUGUCGCGUAGACACGUCUGCACACGAUGAUCACGCAGUGAAAGUCGUAGAGACAGAGUGGUGUUGUUUACAUUACUAGAGAAUUACUAGUUUUCCAAUGGCAAUAACCCACGUGUGGAAGAGUUAGUCCACUGGGAUAGGCGGGGGCCACACGCCAUGGGAGACGCAGAGGCGUAGGGCCGGUAUUUGAUGCACCUCCCGUGGCGGUGACCCACCCCGACAGCGUCCGACGGCGGGUACCAGAGGGGCUUCGCCUGGUCUCCUGAGCAGGCAGGGGAGUCGGCCCUCGGGAGCCAGGCGGUGUGGCGCCAGCAGGUGGCUUUUCUUCCGGGGAGCGGGGUCUGCACAGAGGCGUUAAUGUGGAAGUGGGUCAAGUCUUGGUGACGUUGUCCUCCCCUUUGGUGACAGUGUGUGGUGUUCACGUUGUAAUUGCUCCUGAGACGCAGUACUCUUAAAACCAGCUCCCCCGCGGCCAGAAGGGCGAGCCUCUGCGCCGCAAGUGGUAGGACUUGCUCCUCCGAGAUUCUGGGCUCCGGUGACGUCACCUCCCCUCACAGUACUUGUGGAAAGGGAUGUGCAACAGCCAUCACUCCAGUUUUCCCCUGUGGCUCCUUGAACAAAAUGUUUAUUCCCAGAUGGUAGAGUUUUUAAAGAAGGUGGGCGGGCAGGCGUGGGGACAGAGAGGCACUCAGUUCUGACUCUCUCCUCUUCUUUGCUCUGCGCUGGGAAGUGUGCAGGUUGUGGCCUUUUUCUUCUGUCUGUGGGGUGACGAGAGGCCCCUCCCUGCACUUCCACUCGGUCGGCUUCGGGGUCUGGACCUCGCUGCCAUGGGCGGGGCCGCCCGUCGGCCGCACACUCCAUGCCGGCGGCGCCAGCGCUGCCUCACCACACGGACUGUCGGAGGGAAGGAACGUUCUCUUAGGUGUUACUGCUUUUGCUCAGACUUUGCAAAAAAUACAUAUAUACACAUAUGAAUAUAUAAUUAUUAAUCACCUCUGUCCUUGAGAAAGUCUUGAAUGAAUAGAGAAUUUAUUCCACUGCAACAUUUGGUUGUAUAGACGCGCACUGUUUCAUCAACAGAAGAAGCAGAAAGGCUGUGUAUGAGUUUUUGGUACUAUGUACCACCUCUGUUAUUCUUCUAAAGUGAAGUAUUCAUGUACUUAAACCAUAUUCUAUUUAAUUGUGUUUGAUUUUAAAAUACAUAUAUGAAUUACAUUUAAAAUUGUGUCAACUUUCUGCUUUCAGGGCAUUUAUGGCUCCUCUGUUGAGAUGUGUUGAUUCUUCCCAAUAUUUCCAUUUGCUUUUCAAGAACCCAGGACAUGAGCCACUCCUGGACUCAGCCUUGUGUUUGGAGCAUAUGGCAUAGACCUGAGGUGUUAUUAGAUGCAUAUGCUGUGAUUGACUCACUUUGUUCUUUUAACAGAAUAUUUCCAUCCGUUUCACUUUGCUUCAACCUUUAAAUAACAGAAAAGCAACGUAAAGGUCAUAGAAUAAACUGUGGUUUUGGGUGACUCUUGCUGCCUCUGCAUGGUUUGGAAUAACAUUUUCUGUAAGACUCUAGGCUAUUUAAACUAGUGCUUUCAGUUAAGAUACUGUCCAGUCAUGUCUUUGUGUACGUUGUGUGCUUCUGAGCUAGAGAUAUCAGUAGGUGUAAGGUUCUUAUAAGGAAAAGAAUAGCAAGUUUGAGACGGGGUUACUUUUUCUGCCCCACCCACUGUAGGACACAAGCAAAGUGUAGCCUGAGACUGGUAGCCAGACGAGACGUAUGCUCUCACGGAGCUCCUUGCGCUUAUUUUCAGAUUAGGAUUGGAAUCAUCUGACCUCGAGUGCCAGGCUCUGUGUGGUGUGCCCACGAAAUAGGAUUCCCUGGCAGGGUUUUUAUAGGUUCAGUGAAUCAACUGAACAUCCUGCUUUAUCAUGAUGUUGACAUCAAUGCAAAUUGUUAAAAAAAAAAAAAAAGAAGAUGUUAGUAAAAAGGGGUACCUUUUGUAACUGUGCAUGUCUUCAUCACUCAUGUAAGAUGUGAUGAAAAUUUUAAAAACAAGCAUCAACCAAGCCCAGUGAAGAGCAAUAAAACAGGGAGCAACUUUCUGUGACCUUUUCUACUUGGGUUUCAGGGUUCAGUAGAACUUCGUAAAAUGUACGUAAUUUACGUUUCUGAAGCUUUGGCUAGUGCAGUAAGAAUUUGGAGGGGAAGGUCGCUCUGAAUAGAAAAGUACAGACGUCUUUGUUGUUUUAAGUACUGAUAGCUGAGCACUGCUGAAGCGGCGGGUGGGCGCCUCUCUCAUUACCGUGCCGUGGGGCCUGUUUGUACACAAGGACCUCGUCCCUCCCCUCCCCCACACACCCGUUGAUCGGACCGGGGUUGAUCUUCUCCUGAUCCAAACAGGCCCAAGAACAUUCUUUAUCCAAAGAAUUUUGCAAAGGGCAGGAGACAUCCCAGUCCCUGUCUGGGGUGAUAGCGCGUAUGGGGCACUUGCAAGUCAGGACCCCUGAGCCGGUGCCACGUGGACGAGCCGAGAUCUGUACAAGCAGAAAUAACAGACACGAGAGCCAGUGGGUGAGAGCAGCUGCCUUGUAGCCUGGAGGUGGUGAAGGUUUCUGGCUCUAGUCCUGCAUCCCGGCUGUGGACUCCAUCAAUUCCUCGGGUAUCCUUAGGAUGCACUUUGGCUUUUUAAAAAUCAGUCUGAAGGGAGUUUUUCCUUCGCGCAACCAAAAGGACCUUGACUACAAUACUACCAGAUUGCUGUAAUCACUAAUGAUCGCAUGUGCUCAGCAUGUUUGCAAAAUACUGGUGAAUUCUGGAGAAUUUUUCUUCAGUAAACCUUCCUUGGUCAUUUUGUGUAUUCUCUCAAAAUGGAAUCCUAAACUCAUGGAACUAAAAGACACUCCCUCAUUUUUCCAGGGGGGAGUUACUCAGGCCUAGGAAAAGGGCAGGUCUUUGGCCUUUGGUUGGAUGGUCACCUUCUGGACCAGGGCCAUUGCACGCUUCCCAACUUCCUUCUGAAGGAUAAACACCAUCCCCACUUGCAGCGCCUACAAUAAAACCCAGAAAUAAAAGGGCAUUUCUGUUAAUGAGUGAUAAAAACUUCAUAUGAGGGAGGGCAAUGAUUAUCACAAACUUUGUAAGUGCUGACCAUUUCUACGUACUAGGCAAGGUGUCUGGCCUUUGGCUGGGGCAGGAAGCGGGGCGGGGCCCUCUGCAGACGAGCCCUGGGACGCCGCGGAGGCCUCUGCUUGGGCUCAGAGUAGGAAGUGGGGUCCUACGCGGACGCGGGGGGUGGGUGGAAAGGGCCAGCAAAAGCCUGGAGGGCGUUCGUGACCACGGAGGAAAGCCUGUCUGCUGCCUGUCACUCGGGGUUGGAGCUCUCCCCGCUUCGUGGUUCACGCCAACGGGUGUUUCCUCGUCUGCUCCCUCCACGCUGCCUGCUCUGGCUGGCGCACUGCCCAGGCACGAUGGGGCGCCCACGGGGCUGCUCCUCAGCUGCCCCCCAGGGAGCACUCGUGAGCCCAGGCAGGGGUGGCAGGACCCCGUCGGCGGUGGGCGGGCAGGUGCCCGGAAACAGUGGCUUCCAUUCAGCCGAAGGCAGCUGGCAUUUGCCAAGGAGCAAGUGAGGGUUGUGACGGUGGCGUUUCCUUGGACGCCCGACUCCCCGAUCUUGAAUAGCCGCCAGGCUCAACCCAAAAUGAUCCCAAGCCGGCCUCCACCUCCAUCCCGGUAAGAACCCCCCACCUGCAGGCACCUCAUGGAACGGCUCGAGCUGGGCCUCCAGACCAAGCAGAGCUCCCCAUCUUGGCAAAGGGCCCUUUGUUCUUUCUAAUGACAGAGCUGCCGGGUUAGCACGUGUUCACCUGCAAAGUGUUGAUGGUGCAGGGAUGCAGGAAGGGGUAAAAAAAAAAAAUACCUCUGGGCCCCCUGGAGCUUCCAUUCUACCGAGGAGGUAGAGGUUGGAGGUUCGUCUGAAGUGGGUGCUGGUAUUUUUCACUCAAGACAGCCCUUUGAGCCAGUGAUUUAACACCCUUUCCUUCCAAAGCCCUUCCUGGCGGAAGUCACCAGGCUUCGUGACCUCUUGCCCGCGCCCGUCCACGGGCCCCCGGAGGGCUGGUUGCUGGGCGGCUCCAUUUCCUCGCCGUCGCCUGGCUGACAGCGAGGGGUGGGCACCUUGACCCCGGGCCCUUCAGGCUGCUCUCUGAUGAGGGUGGGCCUACGAGCAGCCACAGCCCCGUGGGGCUCCCUGCAGAGCUCUGGGAAAUGUGGAGCCUUAGAAGCGAGAAACAAGGAGACCCGUGUAGAGUUUUUACACGCAGGUGAUAUAAAAACCCCAAGCUUGGAAAACCCAGCUCACUGUUGAGCUGAUGCCAUGAGGUGAUCAGCCAGCCCCUUCCGAGGUCUCCUUUAACGAGAAUAACCAGCCCUUGAGUACUUGCCGGGUGCCGGGCACUCUGUCACGUAAGCCGUGCGAUAAUCUUGCAAGUGCAUACUUUUCCCUGUUAUAAAUGAGGAGACUGAGGCUCUGGAGGCAAAGGAAUUCUCCAGGGGAUCGAGUCCAGGCAGCCAUUAAAAACAUUCCAUUAGCUUAAAGCAGUGGUUCUUAACACUUCAUGUGCAUCAGGAUCCCCUGGAGAACAUGUUAAAAUGGGUUGCUGGGCCUCCACCCCUCCCCGCUGCCCACAGUUCCUGCCUGAGUUGGUAGGUCUGGGGUGGAGCCUGGGAAUCUGCACCGUAGCAAAUUCCCAGCUACUGCAGCUCACGAGACCACACUUUUGAGAAUCUCAGCCUUAGAACCUUUCCUGUAAAUUGGGAAACGCGUGUUUUCAUUCCCUUUUAUUGGAUGUGCCCACGCAACACAGAAGUGUAAUUUGAGACCUAUUACUCAUUCACUCAAGCACAUAAAUCCUUUAUCAGUAUUCAGAUAUUUGUCAAAGCCAAGGGGACCCAGACGCCAACCCGCUGUCUCAUUGCCUGGGCAGGUCUGAGGCCGUCCAGGCAGGUGUCGCCCCCGGGGGUGAGGCUUGGAAGAGGCCCAGACCAGCCUCGGCCCCCAGUGCAUUUGCUGGGGACAGUGCACGUGUCAUCCCUUCAGGGCUGAGUCCAGGCUGGUGGGUCACACCGGGGUCCCUGUGGAAGCUUUUGCACAAAUCCUGCCUGGCCCACUUCCUUCCAGCUUGUCCCCCAGGUCCUCGAUGCCACCUGCCCCCGAGGCCCUGACCAGGCCUCUCCUGCCCCCUCUCCCUUGCUGCCUCUUUUCAGGUCCCUCCCGCAGGGCUCGGGUGCCUUGUUCCCCUUCCUCUAUCUUCUCCCUUCAGCACACGCUUCCUGGGGGCCAGCUGUGGGCCUGUCCCCGGAGCAGACACUGCCCACCCUCCUUGCUGCCUAGGAAAUAAACCCUGAUGCAUUGCUGGGGUGAGUGACCUGCUGGGGGCAGCCUAGGUGGACCCAAGGUUCAUGGACUCCUGAUCUGAUCAUCGCAGCCUUGCCCCGGAACAUGCCCACUGUUUGUUCCCUCAAGAUACCACUUCUUCACAGUCCCAACACGCCCAGACUGCGCCCUCCCCUCCCCCUCCCCUCCCCCUCCCCCUCCCCUCCCCCCUCUCCUCCCCUCCCCUCCUCCCUCCCCCAGAUGGACCAGGACCCCACAUCAGCAUCGCCCAUGGCUGCCCACUGCUGGCCUGGCCCUUCCAUGUCCUCACUCCAUAUCCUCCGUUGCUGCCUGGGGAAGCUGUCCUCUUAUCUUCUUACCCAGCUCCGGUCCACUCGCCGGCGCGCAGCGUGGCCAAGCCACUGACACAGGGUGAAGGAAAGUGCAACAUUUAUUGUAGAACCCCAAGCAAAGAGAACUGGCAGCUCUUGCUCUAAAGACUCAGGGCUUUCAGGGAAGGGUUUUAAAGACAGGGUGAGGGAAAGGGUCAGGGGGUGUGUGAUCAGCUUGUGCACAAUUCUCUGAUUGGCUGGAGGUGAGGUAACAAGGUGGUGGUUCAAGAAUCUUAGUCAUCAGCCUUCUGGUUCCAACCUGUCUGGGGUCUGCGUGCUGGUGGUCAGCAUGCAGUUAACUUCUUCCACCUGGUGGGGAUUUCAGUAUCUGCAAAACAGCUCAAGGAUAUGGCUCAGGAUGUUAUCUACAGCCCCUGAGGAACUAAAGGUCUUCUGGCUUUUUUCUAUGGCUAAACUAUUAUUAUUUUGUUUUGUUUGACUGUUUCCCUUUGUUUCUGCAUUUUCUCACUUCUCUGAUUAAAUCUGCUCUUUGGACCUCCGGGAAGGCCUAGGAGGCUAAAGCUUUUCAUCAGACAGGAGGUGUGGGACACGGGGGUGGAUCUGUCCCCGGGAAGCCCCUGCGGGGUCCUGCCCGGCCCACUCUGGUCCUGCCCGGCCCACUCUGGCUCUUUCUUCGGAGCUUUCUUCCCUUUCUCACUCCCACCCCAGCAAACUGCACUGUCCAUGAUGGCGACCCCGCCUGGGGCUCUCCAGUCACACCCACAGCCAGACUGUCAUCUCCUGCAACUGCUCUACCUCUGGUUUCCCCUCACAUUUCAGCCCCCAGCAACCUCAAGCCAUGCAAGCUUUGCAGGGUUACAGAUGCCUCCUAUUGGAAUGGAUUGAAAGAGGGGUGAGAAGCAGCUUGGGCGUGAUCCCAGGGGUUUUCCCCUCACCGUUACUAGAGUUGGGCUUUGUAAACCAGCGUCGAAGAGCAAGUUCAAAAGCAGUAAGUGAGUAGUUUUGUUAUAAGGAUGACAAGCGGGGGCUGGGGAGGACCAUGCUGACGUGGGACUUGGGUCAGUCUUCCCAGUACCAGUGUGGGACACGUGUCUUGUGCUGCAUCGCAAACAACUUAGACACAAGGAGAAACGCUUCGAGAAACCGUAGCUCUAUCAUGAUGAAGACUUUGGUGUCCCAGAUGCACAUAGAGUGAGAAUAACAUUGUUACUUGAAACGUGAGAUGGGGGAAAAAAGCAAUAUUUUGUACUGAUGUAUUCUUGUAUAUAAUGUUAUUUUAAAUAUGCAUGU